AUGUCGUUGUGGACGGGCUUCACUCUAUACGUGUCGCAGGAUACGUAUACAUUUGUUCCAAAUAAAAGUGAGCCAGGUCGACAGGCCAACAAGCUCGUGAUUGAUCGUCAUGAGAAUGCACUCCGUCUUGAGCCUGUGGUACUCGGCAGCGAGGUGCCAAAGCAUGAAAAGCAGUUUAUUGUGCAUGGUAUUCUCGGCAUUAUUUCACUGCAUACGAGCGAGUUUCUUGUUGUCAUUACGAAUCGCAAGCGUGUCGCACACAUCUUGAACUCGACGAUCUACUUGGCGACAGAUUUCCGCAUGCUUCCCGUGCGCAGUGAUGCGAAUCCUGCCAUGCUCUCGCAUCCCAUUGAGAAGCGGCUUCUCUCUCUUGUGAAAGAAUCACUGUAUUCUGGCCCUCUGUACUUUAGCUAUGAAUUCGACCUUACGAGCAACUUGCAACGCCAAGUGCAACAGAGCGCGAGUUCUAUGGGAGCAGGAGUGCCGCUCUGGAAGCGGGCAGACGAGCGCUUUUUCUGGAAUGCGCAUUUGCAGGGACGCUUUGUCAAACACUCCGAGAGGUAUCCAAAUGAAGAUUUGUCGCCUUUUAUCAUGCCGGUCAUGUUUGGUUUCCUCGAAGUGAAGCUCGCACGUAUUGAAAACCGUUCGUUUGUCCUUGGUCUGAUCGCGCGUCGCUCUCGGCACCGCGCCGGUACCCGCUACUUUUCGCGAGGUGUGGAUGACAGUGGCAACGUGUCGAACUUUAACGAGACAGAGCAGUUCGUCCUGCUCGAUCCGCCGAGCCUGCAGCCGCCGCAAGAGAUUGAGGACAUCGAGGGCCUUAUCCGCAUGAGCUUUGUGCAAACGCGCGGCAGUGUCCCAGUGUAUUGGGCCGAGAUCAACAACCUGCGCUACAAGCCGGAUCUUUUGAUUCCGGAUGAUCCGCGCACGCUGACAUCGUUUGAAAAGCACAUGUCGAAGCAAGUGUCGAUUUAUGGCAAGAACUAUCUUGUGAACCUUGUGAACCAGAAGGGAUAUGAAAAGCCUGUAAAGGAAGCAUACGAAGGUGCUGUAAAGUUUUUGGAUCACCCGCUUGUGAACUAUACGUACUUUGACUUCCAUCAUGAGUGCAAGGGGAUGAAGUUUGACCGCGUCUCGCGGCUUGUCGAGCAUCUCGAGAACGAAGGUCUCACAAGUCAUGACUUUUUCUCUCUUGACACGGUAGCUGCUCCACGCUUGCAGCUACAAAAGUCUGUUGUGCGAACCAACUGCAUGGACUGUCUCGACCGUACGAAUGUUGUACAGACUACGCUGGCCCGUUGGGUGCUGAACGACCAGCUCCGUUCCGUCGGCAUUUUGCAGCCAAAUGAUUGCGUCGAGAACCAUCCCAAGUUUAUAAGCCUAUUCCGAAACAUCUGGUCGGACCAUGCCGACGUCAUAAGUAAGGCGUACUCGGGCACCGGCGCCCUCAAGACCGACUACACACGCACAGGCAAGCGCUCGAUGGAAGGUAUUUUGCAAGACGGCAUCAAUUCACUCACCCGAUACACUAAGAAUAACUUCUUUGACGGUCAGCGCCAGGAUGCCUAUGACCUUAUUACUGGCGCUUGGGAUCCACAGUCUGACAUGCCAUUUGUUGACACCCGGCCGUGGGGUGUGCGUCUUAUGCCAUGGCUCCUGUAUUUGAGUAUCUUUUUCGUGCUUGCUUCGGUCUUACUUCCUGGUGGCGAGCCAUUGCGUCCAUACCGCAUCGAUACUGGCUCUGUGCCUACCUUUGCCAUAUUAUGGGGCCUUGUUGCUCUGUAUGCCAUUUACUUUAUUUGGCAGCAUGGUGUCGAGUACGUCGGCUGGCCUCAACUCAACCGGCCGGAACAUCUCAUCCAUUACACUGGGCCUGGCUACUACUCAAGUCUCCGCGGCCGCGCCGGCACGCCAUGUGAUCCGAAGCUGCUCAAGAAGCAGCAGGUCGCUGCGAAGAAGCUCCAGUGA